AUGAAGUAUGUAGACUCAAUAGAGAAAGAGCAGACCAUUGAUCAGCUCGAUCGUCAACUUCUUCGUCAUCAUCCUUGCCAAUCAGCAGCAUCGUAUUCGCCAUCACUUACAUUGGUGACUACGCGGAAAGCUACUAGCCACCAACUAAUAUACCUCAGCAUGUCCUCCCUAGGUCUUCCAGGCCCCUUUGAUAGGCCCCCGGGAGACGCUGGCCUCCAUCGGAGCUGGAACGCUUUUCUCGACAAGCACAGCCUCCGAAGCAUCUGGCAGACAACCCGUGCCGAUAUUAACGACCUCUGCAAGACCGCGCUCUUAGCUCUGCAAGUCUCACGGAGCCAGCAGAUUGCUCUCGAGGACUCCAUCCUCGAUCUCUGGGAUCAUAUGGGCCUCACGGUGGACUGUCUCAACCCAGACGCGAACUUGUUGUGGAGAGCCGAUGAACAGCUCGUCAAACCCACGGCGCUGCGGCUUCAGGAGCAGCGACAACACCUCCAGGUACAGAUGGAUAUGUGCCAGAACGAGGCCCACUGGGACCCUGUGUGGCUUGAGUUAGACAUGAGCACCAUUCCACCGACUGUAUUAUCUAGCGAGAGACCCUCCUCUCUGACCGCCGCCGUCUCGGAAGAGGAUACGAGUCUGAAUAAGCAGGAGGAGGAGGAGGAGGAGGAGGAGGGGGACGUGGAAGAGAGUAAGGUACUCAGGGUCGCCCGGUCGCUGGCACACACGAGGUACUUCCUCGGCCACACAGCGGGAGACCCAAUCUUCUCCUACGAUGGACGGAACUUCGCCUAUCGUGGUCGCGUCCCCCGCGAUCCCAGGGAGGAUGUCAUGCGCUUGCAGAUACUCCUUCCAAAGGUUCUCGCACAGGUCGUGACCCUCAUGGCAUUCUCCGCCGCCUCCUCCUCUUUGACUCUGGAUUUUCCAGCAGAGUGCACGGAACUGCUGAAAAGGGUCGACGAUCCAUCUGAUGAGCUCCUCUUGAGAAUCUGCACCUUGUGGAUGUUGAAAUUUGGUGGAGGCUUCCCGGCGACAUACGCGCGCUUCCUCGACUCCAGUCCAGUCGUACGGGAGUUUGCCUGGCUCGUCUGGGACAUGUACAACGACGCUGACGGGCUCUGGUCCAGAGAUACAGCCCGGAACAUCGAGAGUUUGAUCAAGACCUUGAAGCCCCUCUUCAUGGUCUUGUCAUUCAAUCGAAGUCUAGUCCCAGUGUCGCCAGGUGCAGUGCUGAAUAAUCUUGCGAGAUCACACCAAGUGGAGGACGAGAUGGAGGCUAGAGAACUCGUUUUUGAGCAGAAGGAGUACAGUGUUGCUUUGGUGUAUGAUGCAUCAAUCUGCCAGUCAAUCCACUCCCUUUACGCAAAAUACGUGGGAAGACACCACCCCGACGCUGGCGCUCUCUUCCUUCGAACAGCACCGCGACAUCUCUCCCUCGAAAACGACUACCACGACGUGUUCGCCAACGUUCCGAUCCCCGACGAGGUCGUAGCCGCGCACCACCGAAUCAAACUACGGUAUCUCGACGAUCCAGAGCCCGAAGCCCAACACGCUCCUGCAGUUGACCACCCGGUCGUGAUUGAAGACCACACCCAAGCCGAGAUAGUCGUUGCAGGAUCCAAGCGCAAGAAGCGUCAUCAACAGCAGCGCAUAGAGAAGAACGAGACUCCUCGCGUCGCAAAUCCGGAACCUCCGCUCAAGAAACGACGAGGCCGCCCUCCAAAAUACCGCCCGACACCUCCCACUUCCGAUCCCGUCAACGAUUGA